AUGGUUUUCUUUCCCAAGGGCAUAUUCCUUUUUCUCAUCCUGAUUGCCGCUAUUCAGCGUACUGGACUUGCUGACACUGCUUCAUCUUCGGUCACUGCAUCCAUCCAACUGGAUGAGCUAGCCCAGUUUGCCCUCUAUAUGUCAAAAAAGACGCUCGCGUUACCUUCACGUACUCCUUCAUAUCAAGGCCCCGGGGCCAAAACCCGGUAUGACGAUUUUGUGGCCACCCACCUCAACCAAACACUCUUUAUUCAUCGCACGGGUACCUUUCUAGGCUGGCAUCGGUUCUUUAUCCAUGAGUUUGAGCAAGCCCUACGUGAUGAUUGUGGUUGUGCUGGUGACUAUCCCUACUGGGACUGGGGCGCAGAUGCUGAUGCCAUGGAGAAGUCUCCAGUGUUUGAUGGCAGCGAUACUUCCCUGUCCGGAAAUGGCGCCUCAAUCCCAAACCAAUUGGAUAUCAAGGUACCUCUGGGCAAUUAUACACCUACAGUCCUCCCACCUGGAACUGGUGGAGGCUGCGUCACUAGCGGUCCAUUUGCUUCCUAUACAGUCAACAUGGUCCGACCUCAGGGCAUGCCGGGGAGUCGCUCGCUAGGUGUUCAUGGUGUUGGUCACUACGCUAUGGGCGGUGACCCUGGCCGCGACGCUGACAACAGUCCUGGUGAUCCGGGCUUCUGGCUUCAUCAUGGCAUGAUCGAUCGUGUGUGGUGGAUAUGGCAGGGCUUAGAUUUGGAAACGAGACAGUACGCGAUCUCUGGAACUAGCACAUUUCUAGACCAACCCGCCUCUCCUAACGUCACACUCGAGACAGUCAUUGAUAUUGGACAUGCUAACGGUGGCCCUAUUGCCAUGGGUGAGCUCAUGAGUACUACUAUGGGACCUUUUUGUUACGUUUAUGUGUGA